CCCCGCACUCGGAAUCUAGAGGCGGGAGUUUAGUGGAGAUUUAAAAUCUACCAGGUGCGGACGGGGCGGGAGUAAGACUUCAAUCGGCCGCGUAUGGAGGCAAAACGCACAGCGUGCGAAGAGUGCCGAAAGGUCAAGGAGAGAUGCAGCUUUCCGGUCGACGAUCGAGAAUCGCAGACUUGCUGUCGCUGUCAACGAUUGGGGAAACCAUGCUUCACUGCAGCCAAGAGUCGGACGGGAAGACCGCGCAAGCUGAACGACAUAUCCACCGUGCCCCGAACAGGAGCGCAGUUCGUUUGGUCGCCCUGUGAUAUCCCAGCCUCGAACCAGGCGGCGGUCCCAAAAAUAGCGCCUGGGGACAUGGUCUUCAUGGAAUUCAUUUUUCGUGAAUCGACGUUUGUGGAAAGCUUUACACUGGACCCUGUCUUCUCACAGGGGAUGUUAACGCAUCUCUUCGAAAGCGUCCACAUUGCCCCUGCAUUUCUUUCCGAUGUAUUCGUUGCUUGCGGGAAACGUUACUUCAAGAUCCAUUUCGGCGAUUCGAGCGGAGAUGGGGAAAUCGCAUUCGAGAACAGUGCUCGAGCCGUUCGCGCGCUUCGCAAGGCUUCUGAACAGAUCGAUCUGGUCAUCGUUCUCACUCUCGGCCUUGGUAUCAUCACUUUCGACCUGAUGACCUCAGGACUACAUGCCCACGAAGUGUGUCGUUUCACAUUGUUUGCAGCGAGCACUUUACAGACCCCUUCUGUCGGCAGUGCGGGAAUUCUUUCUGGACUAUAUCUCCCAUUCUACUUUUUGGAUGCCUUCAAUUGCAUCAUCAAACGACAGAUACCCGUAACGAAAGGUCCAAACAAGAACAACGGGGAUGUGGAUCAAUACAUGGGUGUCUGCGCACCGUUGCUUCCCCAUCUCUACAAGAUGUGCGCCAUCAGCCCUUCCCUCAAAUAUUCAACCUCUCCAGAGCACACCCAUCAACUAAAAGCCCAGCUCACUCAUCUCGAACACAAUGUUCGCGCUUGGACUCCAUCACUCCCCGCCGUUCAUAGCAACUUGAUAUCCCCACGGCUGUCAAGAAUCAUGGUCAUGCAAGCUCGAAUACACCGCGCAGCACUCUUACUUGUCAUCCAUCGACUACAACAUCCCUUCGGCACCUCAGACUCCACCGCACUAGGAAUGGCAAGAAACAUCCUCUCACAAAUUGACACCAUAUACGAACCUUCAAUAUCCACAUCCCCAUCUAACUUCGAAAGCCCCCCAUCUGAAUACCGACUCAACUUCCCCUUCCUCGUCGCUGCGGUAGAGAUCAUGGACGAAGGUGAACGUCAGGUAGUUUUGAACAAAGCAUCUACAGUGGUGUCGAAAAGAUUGUAUAAUAAUUUGGAGAGAAUGCUGGAGGUGUUUCUGGAGUAUGUGUGGAUGAGACGGGAUGGAGGUGGUGGUGGGGUGUGGUUUGACUGGGUGGCGGAGGGGCCUCCUGUUGUGAUUUUCUGAGGUUUCGGAGUUACAUAAACUGUAAUGUACUUAGUAUGCUUGAGUGGAGUUGUUUUUAAUUUGGUUGGGUGAUUCGAAGGUUUUCUGGUGGAUUAUUGGGUCGUCAAGUGUGGAAAUAGUUGUGCGUUGUGGACAGUUUCUCUUAUGAUGCAGUACCCCA